GUUGUCGGUUCGGUUUUGUGGACAAAGAAGAAGCUUCACGAUCAUCAGCAACAGAUAGGACUUUAGGUAUUCUCUUCUUAUCUUAUAUCUACUAAAUACAUAAAGGGAAAGUUGUGAAGAACGACAUGCGCUGUUUAGGCUUCGCUUUAAGUAUGAUCUCGGAUAGAACCUAUUAAAAUGCAAGGAUCCAUGUAGCUGAUCCCAUUUAGUUGAGAUUCGUCUAACUUGCCAGGCUGUGCCUAUUUCUUCUUUCCUCUUACUUUCUUACUUUCAUCUUUCACCUCACUUUUCAUAUUGCAUUUUUCAUCUUUCAUUUGUCAUGUUUCAUUGUUCAUAUGUUUAGAUCUAUGUAGUCGAUCUCAUUAAGUUGGGAUAACACUUAGUUUUUUGCUGUUGUUGUUGUUUGUACUAUAUACAUUAAGAGGAAGUGUUUCAUGUGGAGGAAGCAUGGUCGUGGAAUCAAUAGAAAUGCAUGAGAAAGUAUCAAUAGGGAUGUCAAUUUACAUUUCAUUCUGCAGGGUGGUCAUUUCGACCUCUAUGAGUCUGGGCACAAGGCCAUGUUCCCCCACAGAAACCAUUUCCGAUGAACUUAAAAAAAAUUCUUUCUUUUAAGGUAUGUUGCAGAUUCAAUUGAUAUCAUAAAACAACUUUCUAUUCACCAUUGCAGGAUGGAAAUGGAUUCAUGUUCAACUCUAGACAUGUUGAAUAAUCUGCCAGAAAGUAUACUAGAAAACAUCUUUUCACGUUUGCCGACGAGGGAUAUGGUGAGAACCAGUGUCCUAUCAACUAAGUGGAGACACAAAUGGAUUUCAGUUCCACAUCUCUUCUUCAAUGAUGAAUGUAUACCAGUUUCUAAUGGUUCAGUUGGUCAUGAUAAACUUGUGAAAAUUAUCAAUCAUGCUCUUCUACUUCAUAGAGAUCCAAUUCUAACAUUCAAAAUCUCUAGUUCAUGGUUGCAAACCUGCUCAGAGAUAGAUAGUUGGAUUCUUUACCUCUCAUUAAAUUCUUCAACUUUGACCGAAUUUAAACUUAAGAUUUCUAAAUCUGUGCGUCAUAGUGUUCUUCCAUGUUUAUUCUCAUUUAGAAAACUGAUUCAUCUGACCCUAGUUGGUUGUAUAAUUGUAACUCCUAUGAGGAUUGAAGGCUUUAGUUGUCUCACAAGUCUGGUUUUUCAGAAAGUUACACUCUCUAGUGCAACAUUGAAAUGUUUGGUUUCUGCCUGUCGUCAGCUAGAAAGGUUGACAUUGAUUGAUAUGGAUGGUCCUACUUAUAUUGAACUUAGCAAUCCAAAACUCAAGUACUUGCAAAUCUCUGGAAGAUUUAUUGGUAUGUGCCUUAAAGAUUUAAGACAUUUAGUUUAUGCAAGCUUUAGUGUGACAACUGCGGCUCUUCUUGGCCAACGGAGAAACUGCAAUUUUAGCAACAUUCUUGGCUCUCUAGUCAGUAUUGAAAAGCUUGUCAUGGGAGGCUGGUUUAUGCAGUACUUGGUUGUUGGUGAUGUGGGGACUAGGCUUCCAUCUACUUAUGAUCAUUUGAAGAGCCUUUCCUUCCCAUUAAACGUGGAGGAUAUGAAAGAGAUUUUAGUUGCUAUAUGUUUACUUAAUAGCUCCCCUAAUUUGCAAGAGCUUGAAAUCUUGUUUUGGCAUAAAAGGGGCAAUGGGAUUGUUACCAUCAUGGAUGUGCUAGAAGCAGAGGAUCAAUUGGAGUGUACAUUCAACAAACUCCGGAUUGUUAAUAUUUCUACACUCUUUGGCAUGGAAAUUGAAUUGGUACUCGUUAAAUUUAUCCUUGCCAAUUCUCCAGUACUUGAGACAAUGAAUAUCAGUUCUGCAAAAAACGGCAUUGAAGUAGUGACUUUUUUGAAAGUGUUGCUUCAAUUCAAAAGAGCUUCACCACAAGCAAAAAUUGUGUACUUGGAUCCUGAAACCUGAUAAAAGUGAUCCAAGUUGAUGAUCACUUGAGUGUGUGUAUGUGUGUGUGUCGUCAAAUAUAUAUGUGGAUGAAAAUUCAUGUUGCCAAUCAAAACUAGUAACCAUGGCUUGAUUUUUCGUUGUA